UUAAAACGAAUGAAACAUAUUUCUUCCUGCAAUAAAUUUUACGCGAAGCGAACCUCAAUUAAUCUGAAUAUCAUAUUGUUGCGAACGCCAGAUUGACAGAACAACACUUAUUCAUUCUGUCACACCAACGCUCUCUCCAACCAAUACUUCAUCCUUUAUGUUUCCCUUUCAUUAUCACCCUCCUUAUUAUGGUAAGUUGCAUUACACUCUGAGAUUUCUCUCUUUAUAUAUAUCUCCUACUUUUUGGCAUUCAGAUACAUACUCCCCUUUAUGUACGUAACUACCAAUUUCUGUCACCAAACAAGUACAAUCAUCUCUAAAACAUUAAAUUAAAUGACUCAAGUUAUACAAUCUUCCUCUUCUUCCUCCUCAUCCAAUACCAACAAGGCAAAAACAGAGAAACGUAUGACAAAACGAACAAGAGACCAUGACCAUCCAGUUUACAGAGGAGUUAGAAUGCGAAGUUGGGGGAAAUGGGUGUCUGAAAUUCGACAACCUCGUAAGAAAUCACGUAUUUGGCUAGGUACUUAUCCGACACCAGAAAUGGCUGCAAGAGCACAUGAUGUUGCUGCACUAAGUAUCAAAGGAAACUCAGCUAUUCUUAAUUUUCCUCAACUUGUUGAAUCACUGCCUCGUCCAGCUUCAGUUUCACCUAGAGAUGUUCAAGCUGCCGCAGCAAAAGCAGCUGCUAUGGAUGAGCUAACCUCUGCUUCAUCCUCAUCCUCAUUGUCUUCAUUGGGUGUGUCGAUGGAGACAACAGCAGCAUCAGAAGAGUUGGGCCAGAUAAUAGAGUUACCGAGUUUGGAGGGGACUUUUGACUCGGACGAGUUGAAGUUGAGUGACUCGGCUGAUGCUGAUGGAUGGGUGUAUCCACCGUGGGGGGCAUUUGACAAUGAAUUUUGUGGGCAUUUCUUUGAAGAGACGCUGAAAUGGACUUGAUAAUCUUGAUCAAAGACAAGUGUGAGCGGAUUUAGGAUAUUGAGUGGGUUCUCGCGAAUUCAGUAACUUUUGCGUGUUGUAUUGAGAAAUCUAAUAAAUAUGUAAGAAUUACGAAUUGGGAAUCCAUUAACAAAGAGUGUUAUUGGUCUAGUCGUAGAAAAGAACCUGUUAACCUUUGGUGCCGUCUUUGUCGAGAGCUCAAAUCCCCGUGGUCACCAUGUAAGUAGGUCUGUUUUAGAUUUUUUUUUACUUUUUUGGUUUAUUUUUCUUUGCAUUUGGAUUAUUGUGGUAUGCUUUGUCCAUAAUCAUAAUUUCUUCUUCUUACACGUUUUGUAAAUAAAAGAAUUCUCUUUUGUAUGUAUGAUGAAGGGAAAGUGAUCAAGAUUUGCUCA